AUGUCCGAAGCUACGUCUCUCCCAUCGGGUCUCACUGGUGUCGGCACCGGUGGUAACUCGCUAGAGGUUGACCUCAACUCGCAAUUCGACCUUGCCAACAUGGCGUGGGUUGGUGUUGCUGCCAUCCUGGUUUGGAUCAUGGUUCCAGGUAUCGGUCUCUUGUACUCUGGUCUCUCAAGAAAGAAGCACGCCUUGUCCCUUCUUUGGGCAUCGCUCAUGGCUGCGUCCCUGGUUUCGUUCCAGUGGUUUUUCUGGGGCUACUCGCUUGUUUUCUCCCACAACGUCUACGGCGAGUUCCUCGGUUCCCUGCAGUUCAUUGGUAUGAGAAACGUCUUGGGAGCCCCAUCUGUUGUCUCUGCCUUGCCAGAUACCGUUUUCGCCUUCUUCCAAGGUAUGUUUGCCUGUGUCACUGGAUCUUUGAUGAUUGGUGGUGCUUGUGAGCGUGCUCGUUUGGGACCAAUGAUGGUUUUCCUCUUCAUCUGGAUCACCAUUGUCUACUGCCCGGUUGCCUGUUGGACCUGGAACCCAGAGGGCUGGUUAGCCAAGCUCGGUGGCCUCGAUUACGCUGGAGGUGGUCCAGUCCAUAUCACCUCUGGUCACGGUGCCUUGAUCUACGCCUUGGUGCUUGGUAAGAGAAACGAUCCAGUUGCGGGUAAGGGAUUGCCAAAGUACAAGCCACACUCCGUUACAUCUGUCGUCUUGGGUACUGUUUUCUUGUGGUUUGGAUGGUUUGGUUUCAACGGUGGUUCUGCCGGUACCACCACCAUCAGAGCUUGGUUCUCUAACAUCAACACUAACGUUGCUGCCUCAUGUGCCGCUUUGACCUGGAUGUUCAUCGAUUACUUCCGUUCCGAUGGUAAGUGGACUACAGUUGGUCUCUGUUCCGGUGCCAUUGCCGGUCUUGUUGGUAUCACCCCAGGUGCCGGUUUCGUUCCAAUCUGGGCGUCCAUGAUUAUCGGAAUCAUCACCGCCACUGCUUGUAACUUUGCUGUCGACUUGAAGAACAUCCUCAAGAUCGAUGACGGUUUGGAUGUCUACGCUUUGCACGGUGUUGGUGGUUCUGUUGGUUGUGUUCUUACUGGUAUCUUUGCCGCUGACUACGUCACCGCCUUGGAUGGUACUGAGAUUGCAGGUGGUUGGUUGAACCACCACUGGAAGCAAGUUGGUUACCAAUUGGCUGGUAUGUGUGCCAUCAUUGGCUGGACCUGUGUUGUCACCGCCAUCAUCCUUUUGGUUCAAGAUCGUAUCCCAUUCUUGAGAUUGAGAUUGCACGCUGAUGAGGAGGAGCUCGGAACUGAUCAAGCUGAAAUUGGUGAAUUCACCUACAACGAGGAACAACAAUACAUUCCAGAACCAGUCAGAUCGAAUGCUUCCAAAAACCCACCAGCAAAGCCAGCUCUGAUUGAUGAUCACAUCAACAACACAGAUGCUACUCCUAGCCCAAACGCUGAGAAGAACACUGAGAACAGUGAUAAUAUCGUUUGA